AUGGCAGAGAAAAUUACAGGUCAAAACAGGUUAUUCGAAGAAAACGAAGAUCUACUACAAUUGUUCGAGAAAUUUCAAGAAAUUGGCUCAAAACACGAGCUGACGACCUCAGCAGAGCUGGCAGAACAUGCGACCAAGGUCAUGCACACACUGGAUGAAGGUAUCAAGAGUUUAGGAGACGUCAACGCAUUUUUCGCUUAUGUGAGACACGUUGGAGCUACCCACCAUCAGGUUCCAGGUUUUAAGGCUGAAUAUUUUUGGAAAAUCGAGCAACCCUUUUUAGAAGCAGCGAAGACAACCCUAGGUGACCGAUACACGGACAAUAUCGAGAACAUAUACAUCCUGACAAUUAGAUUCAUAUUAGAAAACCUGGUCAUCGGGUACGAAGAAUCUAGCCAGAAACCUGUCAAGACACAGACUUGA